GCAGCAGUACAGCAGCAGAAGCGCGUGGCUCCUCCUUGCCGAUGCUCAGCUCCGCUCGGCGCUCAUUGGCCGAGCCGCCGGGAGCUGAUCGCCUCUAUAUCCGAGGCACUCGAAUCCCCGCCUCGCACUCUCGCGGCCGCAGCCCGGCGUGAGAGCCACGAUUUUCAGAGGCUUUUGGAGUUCAUUCAUUCGCUCAUCGAGAGCUGCAGCGUUUUUUUUAAGUGGAGCAGCUUUUCGGCGAGACGGCUUCCGAUUUUGUUGCUGUGGAGUCCUGAGAUCAUCAGCGUGAGAUCUUGAGAUCAUCAACGUGAGAUCUUGAGAUCAUCAGCGUGAGAUCUGGAGAUCAUCACCGUGAGAUCACAUCCUCCGCCGGCAGGUUGCCACAGACAAGACAGCAUGACCCACAGAUUCCCUUUGAUCAUUGUCAACAACAACAACAACAUCGGCCGCAUCAUCAACAACAACAGCAGCAGCAGCAGGAGAAUUUCGCUCUGGGGAGAAGCACCACGAAGGAGCGGAGAGAUGUCUCUGAGGUCGCUGGAGACUUCCCUCUCCUCGCGACGGCUGCGUAACAACAACAGCAGCGGCAGCAGCAGCGGCGACAGCAGCAGCAGCAAGGAAGACGAUAACGGCAACGCCAACACCGACCAGCAGUGGAGAAGCAACGCCGUCGGGGCACCCACCGCGCUCCGGUUCCGAUCCGAAAAUGUCCUCAUCAACUCCAUCAUCAACAACAGCAACAGGGCCACUGCGGCCGAGGGGACUCGGAGGCGAUCGCCCGCGGUGGGAGUCUGCCCCGAACCCGUCGACGGGGACCACGCGGUCCCCUCGCCGACCCCCUCGCCGUCCCCCGAGCCGAUGCUGUGGUCCCCGUUCUCGCCCGAGGCGUGCCCGUCUCGCCGCUCGCUGCAGCCCGCGACGCCUCCCGAUUGGCCGCCGAGCGGCUGGAGUCCUCCCAAGACGCCGCGGGAGGAGCGCGUCGCGGGCCCCGUCUGGGUGUCCAGAGCGCGACCGGGAGCCGCACCCGGCCCCGGCGGCCCAGGCGGCCCAGGCGGCCCCGGCGGCCCAGGCGGCCCCGGCGGCCCAGGCGGCCCCGGCGGCCCAGGCCUCAUCGUCGUCCCAUCGCCCCCGGGGUCUCCACGCGCGUCCGCCUCGCCUCGCAAGAGCCCCCCCGCGGGCAACGCGAAUGCGGUGGACAGGACCACGGACAGGACCAUGGACAGGACCAUGCUGUCCAUGCUGCUGCUCUUCCACAAUGCGUCCGGAGCAAGCGUGGUAGCAAUUGACAACAAGAUUGAGCAAGCCAUGGACCUCGUCAAGUCCCACCUGAUGUUCGCCGUGCGCGAGGAGGUGGAGGUGCUCAAGGACCAGAUCAAGGAGCUCGUGGAGCGAAACUCGCACCUGGAGCGCGAGAACUCCGCGCUCAAGGGCCUCGCCUCGCCCGAGCAGCUGCGGGACAUCCAGGCCCAGCUCACCGGACGGCAGCAGAGGGCCAUCGGCGGGGCCCCGUCCAGCCUCACCCCCUGACGCGGCCGGCUCCGCACGAGGCGACGGUCGCCUCCACCACCACCACUACCAAUGACUACGACCGCAACGACGAUGACCGAGGCUCAAAAAUAACCGACGUCCGAGGAGCCGUUUUGAGCGUGCUAUCCCGCGGCCAGGCCGGCUGCAUGACAACCUAACGUGCGGCCGGCCAAAGGCUUGGCGGUUGGACUGGGACGCGAGCGAGCUGGCCGGCAUCUGUGCUGGCCGGCCAGUUGGCGAGCCGGCCAGCUGGCGGGAAAGCCAGUGAGCGGGCUGGCCAGUGUCAGGACUGGUUGGCCAAUGGUGCGCCGGCCGGUAGCCGAGUGAGCGGGCUGGCCGGGCUGGCUGACCGUUGAGCACACCGGCCGGCAGGUUAAGCUUAGUGAGCGUGCUGGUGAGCUGGCGGGCGCUUGAAGGGCUAGCGAGCUGGCGAGCCGGCUGGCUGCCAAGAAGCUGGACCUCUCUUUGCGAGCGUCCCGGGCUAAACGAGUGAGCAGCGCGGGCUCCUGUGUUGUUAUUAUUAAAUGUUUUAUCGUUUGUUUUUUGUCCUUCUAAAAACUCAGGCUGUAGAUGGCGACGCGUGAUUUGUCGUGUUGUUUCCUUGUCGCGUUGAUGAAACCCGUAGCCGCGGUGAGAUUUUUUCCCCCGAUAGAACGUAAACUUCGUCUUUUUACAGGGCGUUGAGUGUAGUGACCACUGAUGCUGCUGAACCUUAACCCCACGGGGGCCCAGUGGCGUUCAAGGGCGAAGGUGCCCACUAGGGCCCGACCUGAGCGCGAAAAGCCUUCACCUUUGAAGGAGCUGGGGAGGGGGGGCCUAGGGUGGGACCCCCUGGGUGGGACACCGCCUGGGUUCACCGGCUGGGUUCUCUGCGUUCACCGGCUGCUUUCACCGGUGCCCAACUUUGUUGAUCGCCCCCCCGGAAAUGCUCGUCCGCGUCCGGUGAUGGCACUACCACUACCCACCCCCCCCUGACUUGUAAAUAAAUAAAGUUGUUUUAAAGCGAU